UGCUAGAAGCAACAUCUCUGAUGAAAGUAAAGAAUCCCGGAGGAAAUCCAGUUAAAAUUGGCACCGCUCAGGCACAUGAUUUCUUUACUAAUUCUCGACCCAAGAGGAACAUCGAUCCAAAGUGGUACAGAGGCACGCCUGACUUUCAGUCCUACUACCGCUAUUACAACAGUAUUGGACACAUUGAAGGACUCUACGAGAUCGACAGGAUCAGGAUGUUGUAUCAGCAGAUGCGUCACUUGGAGGUAACCUUUGGCCCAGAUGCCUCCAGUUACCAGAAUGCAAUGGGUGUGCUGACCACCACCGCAGCACCAACUACCACCACUCAGCCCCCUCCACCACCCACCACCCGCACCCCCACACCAGACCCUCUGGAGAAUGCUCAGAGGAUCUAUCUGUGUAAUCCCAAAGACCCACUGUGCAAACCUCAGAUUGUCUACCUGCCAACGGGGGCCGUAGCGGUUCUGUGUGACCCCCGAGUCAACCCUGCCUGCAUGCCCAAAACGGAGGAGAAAAUAAAAGCUGCUGCUCCUCCCCAACCACCCCCAGCUCCUCCUGCUCCCAGAAAGGCUGUGCAAACUCCCUCUCCUCCUGUAAUCACGGUUAAAGGUAUGGAUUAUGACUGUGAUCCAUACUGGGACCCCGACUGCCUUAUCGAUCACCCUCCCCACCCCAUCCAGAAAACGUCCCCACCAAAGGCACGCGCUGAAGAGACAGUGAAGAAAGAGGUGGUGGUAAAAGUCACGGAAAGUGUCCCUGAAGAAGCAGCCACCCAGAAAACCCCUUACUUCGACCCUUAUGAUUUCAAACGAGACCUUUAUGACCCGUUUCGUUAUGCCGAUCCAGCUCCUGAACCAGAGUAA